AUGCAUCGCCAUGCCCAGCAGUCUGUUGAACCCACCUCUCUCGCCCGUCUAUCGUUAGCCAAGUUUUCCCAUUCAACCACUUCAUUCAACCACAGAGGCCCAUUGAACUGGUGCCAUGUGAUGGGUAAUGGGGAUCUGACUGGCAUCUUUGAGAGGCUUCCAAUGACAAGCUUCACUCCAGACAGGAUUCUGCUAAAGGUUCUCCGCGUUCAUGAGAGCUUGGAAGAGAUUGAUCUCACUCAUCUAGUUAUCGAAGCCGGGAACAUGAACCAAUCCAGUCAGAACCCAUCCUUCAGGUCAAUCUUUGCGGUCGUCGUAAAGCUACCCUGUCUGGCCGUGAAGUAUCCCCGGGGAAAUGCAGUUCGUCGCUUCCAGAUCAAGUUCUCCUUAGACCGUGACUUCUAUACAGCCCUAGCGAUCCUGAGCGACAUGAAGUGUCCGUUCUCAGAGGCCAGCGUUGGUUCCGUGCGGCCACUGACCUCGUCCCACUGGAAUUCGGGAUCCAUCGAGCCUACAUCCAUGGUAAAGGAGGCACAAAACGGUCCGAAUAUCCCGGCUUCAUCCUCGUCAACAGGUUCUAUCUAUCCUCCAUACCCCUCAACAACUAGUAUAUCUGGCCCCUCCAGCGUUACUACAGGUAAGUACCUCAUAUGUCAACAUCAUACAGCCAUAUAA